GGUCGCCUUAUAAAGUCUGGCGGAGAGGAGGUGGCCAUGGCAGUCUCCACAUCAUAGAGGGAUUUACAGCCGGGGGGUGAGGGUGAGACACGGGACAAACACACACGCUAGAGAGAUACCUCCUGCCAGUCUAACUCAAUGGCCAAGGUCUAUAAGAAAAGCAGUCGCAAUGGCUUGAUUGCUCUUUACCUAGGAAAGAGAGACUUUGUGGACCAUGUGGACAAUGUCGAUGUUGUUGAUGGUGUGAUCAAAAUAGAUCCAUCAGAUCUUGCUGGAAGAAGCGUGUGGGUCUCCCUCACCUGUGCAUUUCGAUAUGGCCGUGAGGAUUUGGAUGUGAUUGGUUUAUCAUUCCGAAAAGACAUCUGGUUUAAGCACCUUCAGGUGUACCCUCCAACCAGUGAACCCAAGCCAGACAACACACACGUGCAAAAUGCCCUCUUGAGGAAGACCGGAGACGAUGGACACCCUUUCAUUUUCGUUCUUCCCACAAAUCUGCCUUGCUCUGUCACCCUUCAACCUGGACCAGGUGAUGCUGGCAAGGCCUGUGGUGUUGAUUUUGAAGUUAAGGCCUACAUCGCCAUUGAAGCAGAUAAUCCAGAUGAACAAAUUGAUAAGAAGGACACAGCCCGUUUGGUUAUCCGAAAGAUACAGUUUGCUCCAGACAAACUAGGUGCUGGUCCCAAAGCUAACAUCAAUAAACAGUUCAUAAUGUCUGAAAAACCAAUUCAGCUUGAGGCUUCUACUGAAAAAGAGCUUUAUUACCAUGGAGAUCCCAUUCCAAUUUCUGUAAAAAUAAACAAUGAAAGCAAUAAGGUGGUGAAGAAAGUCAAAAUCUCAAUUGAACAGACGACAGAUGUGGUCCUGUACUCUGCUGACAAAUACACUAAAGUUGUUCUAUGCGAGGAAUUUGGAGACCAAGUUGAUCCCGCAUCCACUCUUGAGAAGGAAUACAGAGUGACUCCUCUGCUGGCCAAUAAUAUAGAGAAGCGUGGUUUGGCACUAGAUGGCAAACUGAAGGAUGAAGACACAAACCUGGCAUCAUCUACAAUUAUCCGAGCUGGCAUGGAUAAGGAAAUCUUGGGAAUUCUGGUGUCCUACACUAUCAAAGCAACAGCCGUGGUAUCCGGUGGUGGAAUCCUAGGAAGCCUAACAUCUAGUGAUGUGACUGUGGAGAUUCCUUUGGUCCUGAUGUACCCAAAGCCAGCAGAUCUGACAUCAUACUGGAAUAGCUUCCCACUGCAGAACAGACUGGAAGAUCACCAAAGUGGAGAAACAGACCCCCGCAGAAACACAGAGACAGACUUUCCUCGCAUUAAAUCUCGGCAUAAACAAAGUACCUGCAGCACAUCAUAAUUCCCUUUAUUGUCUUUUUCAACGAGACGUUUUACCAAUCUAGAACCUGAACUGAGAACACAUUGGGUGACACUCUCACAAUUUCCAGCUAUCCAAUGUAAAAUUAAAUGUUUACUUUUCGUGAUGAUUUUGCCUUCCAAAAUGUUGAGUGUUAAAAAUAAGUGAUUAUUAAAGUGUUUUUGUCUUGAAAUGUUCACAUAAAAAUGUGUGUAUGCUAUGCUACAUUGCCUUCCAUAGGCUCAAUAAAGAAUUUCAACCUUCACCAGCAGGGUUGGUUACAGUGAGUCUGUUGUGCUCUACUGUACUAUGGGAAAA